UGGCCCAACCCUACAGUUUCAGUUUUUACCCAACGAAAAAAAAAAAACCAAACAAAAAAUACUCAUUAUUAUGGCCUCCGUUGUUCCUUAUCUCUUCCAGUUCCAGCUUUCUCCUCAGUGCUUGUUCGGUGUUCCUUCAUUGAACCUCCCACCCUUCUCGACCUCUUCCUUUUCCUUUCCCAUGGAUUAAAAGAUAAAUACACCGAAUCUAUCGAAAACCCAAUUGGUCCCCCAUGAAAUGAACGACUUCUAAGUCGCUAUAGGCUGCUGCUGCUGCUGCUUCUUCUUCUUCUUCCUGUGAGAAUCAGAGAAAGAUGAACAAGAGGAACCACCAAGAUACCUCCGGUGGAGGUGACUAUGGUGGCCUGCAGGGCAACGUAGGCAAAAGCGAUAGUUCAUCAAUGUCCAGUGGUAAGGCCAAGAUGUGGGAGGAAGAGCAGGACGCAGGAACAGGGGUGGAUGAUGAACUACUGGCGGUUUUGGGGUACAAGGUCAAGUCCUCCGAGAUGGAAGAUGUAGCCGAUAAGCUGGAGCAGCUCGGGAUGGUCAUGGAUGCGGCCCCAAAUCUAUUUUGCGACACCGUCCAUUACAAUCCCUCCGAUCUUUAUGGAUGGGUCCAGAGCAUGCUUUCCGAGCUCAAUAAUCCACCCAAUACCAUUCUUGACCCUAUGCUUCAGGGCCAGCAAAUCGACGAUCCUCUUCUUGCUCCUGCUGAAUUCUCGUCCGUCCCCACACUAGGUUUUUUGAAUUCCCAGCAACAGCGGCAGAUUGACACGACCCAGUCCUCUCGGAUUUACAACGACGACUCCGAGUAUGAUCUCAGAGCUAUUCCUGGUUCUGCUGCCUACCCCCAGACCCAAGACAGGGAAAGCAACCGAAAGCGAUUGAAAACCUCGAGUGGGUCUAAUUCUGCGCCUCCGCUGCUGCCAUCUUCUCCGCAAGCAGCUGGCGGUGCUGCGGCUGGUACAGUGUCUGAUUCGUCUAGGCCAAUAGUUCUAGCCGACUCGCAGGAGACUGGUGUCCGACUCGUCCACACUCUCAUGGCUUGCGCCGAAGCAGUUCAACAAGAAAAUUUGAAGAUUGCGGAUGCUCUCGUUAAACAAGUCCAUUUGCUUGCGGCCUCGCUAGCCGGUGCCAUGAAAAAAGUGGCCACGUACUUUGCCAAAGCAUUAGCUCGCCGAAUUUACAGAAUUUACCCACAAGAUUGCCUCGAUGCGUCCUACUCCGAUAUAUUACAGAUGCACUUCUACGAGACCUGCCCCUACCUCAAGUUUGCGCAUUUUACUGCAAACCAAGCGAUACUAGAAGCAUUUGCCACUGCCAGCAGAGUGCAUGUUAUUGAUUUUGGCUUAAAGCAGGGGAUGCAAUGGCCGGCACUAAUUCAAGCUCUCGCAUUAAGGCCUGGCGGGCCACCGGCUUUUCGGUUAACUGGAAUUGGCCCACCCCAGCCGGACAACAAGGAUGCUUUGCAGCAAGUCGGAUGGAAGCUGGCUGAAUUGGCCGAAACUAUCGGUGUCGAAUUCCAAUUCCGGGGAUUCGUCACCAAUAGCUUGGCCGAUAUCGAUCCGUCCAUGCUCGAUAUCCGGCCCCCCGAAGAAGAGGCCGUGGCUGUGAAUUCCGUGUUCGAGCUUCACCCCCUGUUGGCUAGACCUGGAGCGAUCGAGAAGGUGUUGUUAUCCAUCAAGGCCAUGAAGCCCAAGAUCGUCGCAGUGGUGGAGCAAGAAGCGAACCACAACGGACCGGUUUUCAUGGACCGGUUCACGGAGGCCUUACAUUACUACUCCAGUCUAUUCGACUCGUUGGAGGGGUCCACGUUGGUCCCUCCGACUCAGGACCUGAUAAUGUCCGAGGCGUACCUAGGGAGGCAGAUAUGCAAUGUCGUGGCUUCUGAAGGAGCCGACCGAGUAGAGCGGCACGAGACGUUGACUCAAUGGCGUACUAGGAUGGGAUCGGCCGGGUUCGAACCGGUGCACCUCGGAUCGAACGCAUUCAGGCAGGCCAGCAUGCUGUUGGCCUUGUUUGCGGGUGGGGAUGGGUAUAGGGUGGAUGAGAACGAUGGUUGUCUCAUGCUUGGCUGGCACACUCGGCCGCUCAUUGCCACGUCGGCUUGGCAACUCAUCACCACCGAUUCUUCAUGAGCGAACUCAACCCAGUGGGGUUUGGUGAGGUGACCAAAUAGACAUCGGAAGCGGUGGAAGGUGCUUAGCCGAGUUGAAUCGUGAGCGAGCGAGGUAGAGAGGUUAAUCCCACUUUUUUUUUUUUUUUAAGCCCCUCUCAGACUCAGUCCCCCCCCUCCCUUUAAUUUAUUUUCAAUAUUUCCGAUGAAUUUCAAUUUUUUUUUUUUUUUUUAACUUUGUUGGAACUCAAUGUCAUGUCUUAGAGUUUUUCCCUUUUUUUCUUGGGGGAUGAAGAGAAUGCGCGUGAUCUGUAAUUAUUUUUUAAUAAAUAAUGGCGAGCAUUCUCACAGCUUUUUGUUUGUUU